CACACACACACACACACACACACACACGGUUUCUUCAUUCACGAGCAGCAUGCCGGAUAGAAAGCGUAUUUGUGUACCGGAGGAUCAGCGGUGGAUGUGAGCGGCGGCGGCGGCGGUGUGGUGGUCGCGGGGCCCCGGACAGACCCAACCUGUACCCGGCUGUACCCGGAACCAUUAUGCAGACAGGAAACUACCAUUUUAACGCCAGCAGCAGCAUCGGAGGAGCCGUCGUCUACACAGGGGGACACCUCACACCGACAAGGGCGGAAAACAGCCAACCGUGGAGGAGAAAAGAGGGAAAAACACGACGGAAACUAAACAAAGGCGCCGUUUCGGGUUCGAAUCCGAGCAGCGGGUCGGUGGAGCAGUAGAGAACCGGCGGCGGCAGACAAUGGACCCAUCGGGACCGGGCCAGCGGAAAUAGUUUUUUGUUAGCGAGCGAGCAGCAGCCCUCCCGGGCCGAUGGAGAACCAGGCCUCUCACAGUGUUUUUCCAUGGAUGAAGAAAAAGGCCCCGCUGACAGGCAGUAGGGACCCCGCUCUCACGGCUCGCUCCCCGCUCGGUGCUCUCACACUUUAACUCCCGUGUUUACCCCCCCUGGAGCCCGUUGUUGCCCCCGCAGCCCGCCGUCGGAUGCUACGAGGCUGUCGCCCUGAGGUCACCGGUUGUCGGUGGAGACAGAGAACCGUUUCUCUCCCUCUCUCUCCGGAUACACACACUCAGACACAGACCUGUGGAUCAGCCGGCUGUCCGAAGAGCUCCAUGACGGGACAGAAGGGCGGUGAAGCAAUGGUUCCUCCUCCGUUGAAAUAACGGACACGCUCUACUUCAUGGGACUGCUGACCUGAUUUUAAAAAAUGAACAUACAGUUAUGGAACACUUUAAAGAAACACUACAGACUCUGUUUUUUUAGUAUAACUUAGUUUAUUGCCUAUUUAUGACCCUUUUUUUGUAACAUCCCACAGAAGCACUUGAAGGCUUCACCCUUGAAUGGAGAGUGAAAGUAUUAGUGAUACAUUUUAUGUGAGAAAAACCGAGCAUCGGCUUUUUUUUGGUGGAUUAUAUCGGCGCGUUGGAAGCUUGGGGUAGAAAUCCCACCAAGACUACCUCUUUAAAAAAAAAAAACCCCACCUUGUCAGUUUGACAAGGGUUUUCUGCUGUUUGCAGCAAUUAAGGACUUAGUGCACGAGGCAUUUGUGGCUUCGUGACACUUUGUCACAGCUGUUUUUUGAAGAUGUUCCAGUUCAGCAAGUACCCCAUGGACAUUUUAGAGAUGCUAAGUGGACACCAAGCACACCAGUUCAAAGGCCUUGGAUUAGAGCGACAACUGAGCCACCAACAGCAGGUUCAGCUGCAGCAUCAGCAGCAGCUCCAGCAGCAGCACCAGCCCCCCGGGGACACCUCUGGAAGCCUCCUGUCCGGCCUCGGCCUGGGAUCCCUCCAGAGUUCUCGGAGCAAUGCCUUCGCUGACUCCUCGUCGUUAUUCGCCAAAAUGAGCGCCCCUCCCCCGCCCAUCUCCCACCAGAGCCAGUCGUCCUCGUCGUCCCACAGCUCCAGGAAAUCCAGCAAGAUGAGCAGUAGCAGCAGCAGCGGCAGCGGGAGCUCCUCGUCGGGAUACCCCCAGUUUCUGCGGCCGUUCCACCCGGCCGAGGCCGCGCUGGCCCAGGAGCAGCUCCACUCUGGGAUGGGACGGUUUGACUUUGGUGGGAGCAGCAGUGGGGGAAGCGCGGGGGUCAUCGGGGGCGUUGUUACACCUGCGCCCCCGCCUCCCCCGCUGCAUCCAGGUCUCUCUGUCCCACAGCCGUCCCCUGGUCCCCCCACUUCCUCGCCCUCCCCCUCCACUUCUUCAGCCUCUAACAACCCCUCUGGCAGCACUGCAGUCCCCUUAGUUGGCCAGUCUGACCCCCGCAGCCUACACCAGCAAUUCAGCUGCAUGCUCGCCGCCAACCAGUACUUCCUGUCCGGCGUCCCCACCAACAGCAGCCUGGAGCAGUUCCUCGUCCAGCAAGGCACUCACAACCACUUGGGCUUGGGUCUGGGCCAAGGGGCCGGUGAGUCAAACUCGGCCCUGGCCCCUCCCCCUGCCCUCCACUCUUCCCACAGCCACAGCCACACAGCUCCACAGCCUCAGCAGCAACAACAACAGCUGACCCCUCAUGCCUUAUCUCAUCCACACAGCCACACUCACCACCCGCACCCUCUGCACCCGGCCCCCCAGCCCGCCCCGCUGGGUGGCUUUGAUUUCCAAGGCAUUCCAGUCCUAUCCUCAAACCAAAUAGCAUCACUAAUGCAGCAAGAGGCUGGCCUCCCCCUCCCCUUGCCCCUGCACCUGUCGCUCUCUAAAGACGAUGGAGGGAAGACGGGAGACAGCUCGUCUUCGUCCGCUUCGAGCGGGGGAAGCAGGAGAAAGAAAGCGAUGGCGGGAUACCUGCCCCAGAGGAAAGCAGACAGUAGCAGCCACAGUCACAGCAGUCACAGCCACAACAGCAGCUCGAGUGGACACAGUCAGAGCUCCUCAUCGGGCCUCGUGGGAGGAGGAUCUGGGAUAAGUGGCAUCGGAAGCGAGCCACAACAUUCCUCUCUCCUCUCCUCUUCAUCGCAGCAGUCGUCCUCCACCGUCUCCUCCUCCUCGUCCGCCGCUCCUCCCUCUAACUCCACCUCUGUUCUCGUAGCCAACGGUAACCCGCAGUUGUCCAAAUCUCAAGAAAGCCACAGUAACAGUUCGUCUGGCCAGCCCGAACCAGAGCCCCUUUACCACUGCGGUGAAUGUGGUAAAACCUUCACCCACCUCUCCAGCCUUCGAAGGCACCUCCGCAGCCACGGCUUGACACCAGAAAGCCAAAGCAGGAAGUCAGACUGUAACUCUCCCAGCCCAGAGAGGAUAUUCUGCUGUGGCGAGUGUGGGAAGAGAUUUAAAAAGAGGGGUCACCUCAUCCAACACAGCGUCACCCACUCGGAAAACCGGCCUUUUGUCUGCAACAUCUGCCAAAAGUCCUUCAACCGCCGAGAGUCCCUUACGAGACACGAGAAGAUUCACGACGAGAAGCCGUUCCGCUGCCCGGCUUGUGGGCGUUGCUUCCGCGAGAGCACCUCUCUUCUCAACCACGCUGCUUCAGGUGCCUGUGGCAAACCUCCCCGGAGUUCAAAAAACCGGGCCGGUGCCGGAGGGGGUGGAUCAUCCAAUCCGAGCAGCAGUAAAAUGGGAAGCAGUGCGGACCGGGUAGGAAUAAGUGGUGGGGCAGCGAUGGCUAAUGACAAGUAUGCAACAGAUUAUUCCAGAAGUCGCUACCAGAGCCAGUCGUCCUACAGCGGCGGGGUGGAGGACUACAGACGAUCACAAUCCUCGACCCUGUACUCCGCAGAGAGUACGCUAGCCUCUGAAAUGAACAGCCAAACGCUCCGCAAAGCCCCUUUAGCCCCAACGCUUCAUCCCCACCCACAGAGCCAGCAACCGCAGCACCACCACCACCAACCGCCACAGCAGCCACACCUCCCCCUCUCCUCCCUGUUGGAUGAUUCGGAGGACGAGGUCACCAGCAGUGCGAUGUCGGCCAUCGCCGCUGCCGCCGCGGCCUCUUGUGACUUAAACACGGAAAGCCGCGAAGGAGAGAGGAGGGAUAUCAUCGGAGGGUUGUUAGGGGGGUUGGGGUUUGGUAACCUCGGUGGACCGUCAUCCACGUCCAACCUCAACGGUUCCACCAUGCCUUUGACCCACCCUAGCCAGCCCCACUCGAAGCCCAGGAGGCCGAGGAAGCCCAGAGAGAAAAGGGACCCGAGCACCAUCGUCAGGAGAAGAAGGAGCCCUGCUCCCGCGGGGGACGGGUCAGAGAGGCCGUACAGCUGUCACAUUUGCGGCAAACGCUUCAGAAGAGCGGAGACCCUGCGGCGCCACAACCGCGUCCACACGGGGGAGAAACCUCACGCCUGCGAUGUAUGUGGCAAAAUGUUCCGGGAGCCGUUCCACCUCACCAAGCAUCUGACCGUGCACUCCGGUCAAAAGAACUACAAAUGCAAUCUGUGUGGGAAGAUGUUUGCCUAUGCACAGAGCCUCGUGAGACACGGGAAGUUGCACCGGAAGGGCGAGAUCGACAACCAGGGGCGGAGGAUUAAAGGUGCUGCCGCCGCUGCCAUCAGUCAGGUCGCCAACUCGGCAAACGCUGACUACUUCACAUCCUGCUCCCAGGGAGAAAAGUCUCCAACAUCUGGCACCCCCUCUCAGAGGCUCUACACCUGCACAGUGUGCUGGAAAUCCUUCCGCCACUACUUCCACCUGACGGCACAUCAACAGACUGUCCACGGUGGUGGAGUCGGGCUGGAGAAGUCCUUUCGCUGUGAAGUAUGCGGUAAAGCCUUUGCCUACUCCAACAGUUUAGUGCGCCACAAGCUGUCUCAGCACGGCAUCGACCGCAGCGGCCACCGCGUCAACCAGUCCCAACCCUCCGGAUACUCGCCGCUCUUCUAUGAUUCUGGAUCAGGUCCCAACUACGCUGGUUCCUCUCACAUGCAGCAAGCGGCCUCCGGGCCACAGCAUCAACAACAACAACAACAACAACAAGCGGCAUGGACAGACAAGAAAGCACAAAAAAAAAAAAGGCGAGUGGUGAUCCACAGCAUCAUGAGAGACGGAAAGCUGGUGGGCGUCCCUCUCAGUAAAGACACCCGCAGGAAGCUGAUGAUCCUGAGGAAGAAGAGGGGCAAACUGCAAGCACAGCUCAACAAGAAAAAGCUGCUGGCCCAGCUGAGGAUAAAGGGCGGCGUGAUGAAAGUGAAGUCGUGGUGUGGAGGCGCGGUCCGAGUCACCGGGCUCACCUCGAUGGACGUCCCCAUCAAGCGAUUCCCCUGCCCGAUCUGCCCCAGCGCCACGUACGCCAAGCAGGGCUCUCUGCUGGUGCACCACGCCAUCAGGCACCCACCGAGAAACUCAGGCCGCCACGCCCGUCUGCGGUGCCUGGUGUGCGGGAGACGCACCAGCUCGUUACACAAAGCCUUGAAACACCGGGGCCAGCAUCUUAAACAAGCCGCGUUCCAAUGCCGCCGAUGCCGACACCGUUUCUGGAACCCCAUCCUCCUGGGGCGCCACAGGUUCUCCUGUCGGGGGACGGCCGCCAGCAGCGCCAAGUGGGCACUGAUGAAGAUGAAAUCUCCGCCGUCACGUGACCAGUCGGAUAGUGACCAGUCACCAGUCCAGCUGCCGGUCCCGGUUCUGGUUCAGCCUGAGAGAUCAACAGUUCUGACUGAGUACAGUCAGUAAAAACAAAAACAAAAAAAAUGGAAUAAAACAAAAAAAAAAAGUUUUCUAGACUAGUUUUUAUUUUUAUUUUUUUUUAAAUAAUCCAAGAGGCGAAAGCGAAGAGCUAGCGAGUUUUUAACAGUUGGGAGAGUGGGGAGGGUUUUAGUGUAACUACCGUAAUAUCCCCACAGCCCGGUCCUAACUUACUGCAGCGGAGGUGGACUUCUUCAAAAGGCCCCAAAAAAAACCACCUCAGAUACCGAUAAGGAACUAUUAGACCACGUGACGAUUAGUAGAAGCUGUUUGACAAACGCAUUAAUCCAGUUUCCUUUCCAUCAUUUGAUUUGUGUUUGCUCAUAAAUAUGGAUUUGGAUUGUAGGAGUGAGGUACCUUUUUUUUUUUUUUUUUUUCCAGUUUAUUUUUCCAAUUGUUUUGACAUUAUUCACAGUUAAACAGUAUAGUCCGUGUCUCUUGCUCUGUAUGUGUUUAUUUGUUACCCCCCCUCCCUCCCUCCCCAGUGAGUGGAGAAUCUCUCUCUUAUACUGAGAUUAAAUCUGCCCCUCAAGAUGAAUUCAAUCUUUUUAAGAAAAAGGAAAUCCUGACCUGAAAAGUCCAAGAAAACCUCCAUGAAAAGUGACUCACCACUGAAAAGGUCUCGUGUCAUAAAAAAGGCAAUAUACCAGUCGACGUGCUAAAGCGACGGAAAAAGGACAAAAAAAAAAAGAGUUGGGACAAAACAGAGAAAUGUUGGUGACCUUGUUUUUAAUGUACACUACUUUUUGUCAUUUUUUUAAAAAGAGGCGUGGACGGAGACGACGACAACACGACUCAGAAACUGUUAAUGUGUGCAGGAUUUUAAAAAGGACAACAGAAAUUAAAAACCGGAGUGUACUGUACAAUUCGUAUUAUAUUUUAUUAUAUAUUGAUUAUUUGCUGUUUUUUUUACUCCAAGUAUCAUUUCUUUUAUCAUUGUUGGUAUUGUAUGGGUGGGAGGGAACGAGUUGGGGGGGGGACUAUCUUUGUAAAACAGCGGGAUGAGUAUAUGUAUCGAUGUGAUAUUCUUUUGCCCCCUCCCUGUUACCCCCUUUUACCUGCUCCCUCAUUGACACAGUUAUGCCCCAAUUUUUUGUAACAAGCGUGUACACAUAGUUCAUUACUUAGGUCCUGUCCAGACGUGUUCUUUUUUUUUUUUUUUUUUUUCUGUAAAACUAAAACAAUAUUAUUACUAAAUUACUAUCCUUUUUCUUUGCCUAAAGUGAGUUGUUGAAAACCCUCAAAUCAAAUAAAAAAAAAUAAAAA